AUACACCUAUCAUUGAUAAAUUCUGUACUUCCGGUGUAAAUAUGUGAACUUUGAAAUCAAAACAACUACAUAAUUUUGUCUUUAUUUAAACGGUUGAGUCCGAAAUAAAGAUUGAUUUUAUUCAUGUUGUAAGUUUCAGUUAAAUGUGAAAUGUGCUUCAGCUAUUAUGGCAAGUUCUAUCUAGUUAAGAUAAAGCAUAGUAAAUGUGACCCAAAAUAUGAUAAACAAUGUCUUCGUUAGAAUUGUCAGACGAGAUAUACAGUAGCGAGGAUGAGGACUUUAUCAUUGCUAACAUGGAGACAAAAUCAGGUCUACCAGAGAAAGGGAAGGUUUUACAAACCUCAAAGCAUGUGAAGCAAAAGAAUUCCGACAUGAAGAUGAUUCAUUCAGAUACUAAUGUGGCUUCGGUAAAAAUGUCAGGUGUGAUAAAACAGGGACAGAAUUUAUAUGAUUCUUCGGAGUCCGAAGACGAAACCACAUCUGAUUUACCUAGUGCAAAGACAAAUAAAUUGUCAGCUGAUUCAAGAAGCUCUUCUAUGGUCACAGUUAAAUCUAAGUCAUCGUCAGUGACAUCGUCUGUUGUUACUAUUAAUGGCAAUUUAAGUUCAGAGAAAAUAAAUAAUGUGAGUGCUGUGUCAAAUGGCAGACAUGACUCUGUGGACUCUAUGCAAUCUAGUGACUACCCUGAUACACCAUCUAGUUAUAAAGAGUCCAGGUUUAAUCCGUUUGACAGAGAUUUACACAUAGAUGAGGACCAUUUUGAGGUCAAGGAAACAAAUGACCGACUGCUAAGCAGGCCUAGGUCUAGUAGAAUAAAAUCUGAUUCAAAUGCCAGUUCAACAUGGACAGACCCUAGUGUACCAGAUUCAAACACCAGUGAUGAUAUAACAUUUGCUGAUCUAGGUCUUUCAGAGGAUCAUUAUUCACAACCAGAGGGAUUUUUUGGCAUGAGCAGUACUGAGGAGUUAGAAAUGGCAAUAGAGACCUGUAAAAAGUUAACAUUACAGCCCCCGCCCCAUUUUUGAUAAACAGAAAAACUUUUCAAAAACUGGUUUAGCUUGAAUAAAAUUCAAAAAUUUUAAAAGGAAGGACCAGAGCCUGUUGAGGAGGGUGUAAAAUUAGCUGUAGGUCACAAGUUUGUUCUUCAUUCUGGAACUGGGUCCAAACAUUAUUGUGAGAAAUGUAAUGGUGUCAUCUGGGGAGUUUUACAACAGUGGUAUAAAUGUACAGAAUGUGGAUACUGUUCCCAUGAGAAGUGCCUUAAUCAGAUAACUAGAACAUGUGCCUCUGUUAAAGUCCAAGAAGACCCAACAUAUUGCCUUGAUAUAUGUCUAGAAAGAGGAUUGUCAUCACAGAACUAUAGAUGUGCCGAAUGUAGAGGGUCUAUAUCAUUUAAAUCUGGGUUUAGCGAGCCACGGUUAUGUGAUUACUCAGGAAACUAUUAUUGUGAACUAUGCCACUGGAAUGAUAAUAUGUUGAUUCCCGCUAGAGUUCUUCACAACUGGGACUUUGAGGAGUGGAAA